AUGGCCAGCUUGUUCCGGCUGAUGGUGAGUGCCUUGCUGGCAUUUGCAAAUUUAGCCAAUUGCUUGGAAGGAUAUCACACAACGUUGAUAGAUCAGCCAGAUAUCGACUAUGACCAGGUGGGGAAUCAGCUUUAUUUCCUCGGGAAUUUUGAUGCCUUGUCUGAAUACAAGCAUACGGGGCAAUUCAACACCUCGGUAAUAUCGAACACAUCUUCGAACAACUCAAUCUAUCUGCUAUCAGAUACCCUUCACAAUGUGGGCAGUCUACCAUUUGAGAAUGGUACUGUGUCGAUUGCAGAACGGGUGCGGCAUGGCUAUUACGUUAUAGUGAUAGAUGGAGCUCCAUACUUCUUUAACUUGAGCGGGUUCUCCAUUAACGAAGUGAGUGGUUGGUCGCAUUCGGUGACGGGUGAUGUCAGGUCCGUGUUGGUAGACACGGAUGAGGAGAUCAUAUAUUUUGGAGGAAACUUAACCUAUGACAAAGAUUUGUAUGGUGUGAUAGCAUACGAUUACUCCUCUGAUGAUUUUCAUGAUUUGCCCUUUUCUGGGUUCAACAAAGGUGCUUCUGUGAACUCCAUAGUCAAAGUACCAGGAAACGGCGAGGAUGAGCUAGGAAGCAUCGUCUUUGGAGGAAGCUUUGAUGCUUUGGGAAACACGGACCUCAUGAACUUCAACGUGUCUUCAAAUCAAACCUACAACAUCACGAACUCCACUUACACAAGCAUUGACCCAAAUAGACUGGUGUCCCUGAAGUAUGCCACGAUAUCCUCGGUAAAUACUGAUAGCUCAAGUGAUGCGUCGUCGAUUUUGUGCCCUGGAUCUGACACAGAAUGGUUAUUGGAACCUGAAACGUAUGGAUCGUGGACUGCUUCUUUGGAAGUGAGUUUGAUACCCUCAAAAAUCAGACUGUAUAACUCCAAAGAUGACUCUUCCAGCGUGAGCAUUUUCAGAGUCAUAACUUCCCCAGCCAAUGGAAUCAUGAACAUGACCUAUCUUGAUCCUUACACUGGAGACUUUGCCUACUGUGAUGCAUGGUGUCCUCUAAUUUCAAAUUCUGAUUUGAAAGCUUUGGUUGCAAAUAAUAGUGAUGCCAUAAAGGGAGUUGUCUCCGAGAUGAGCGAAAACGACCAGGGAUUUCUCAGGUUCAGCGACGAAUAUCAAGAGUUCGAGUUCUACAAUGAAAUUUCAGUUGAAAGCAUUACAAUCGAGGUAAUUGCUUACGAUGGUUCUCAAGGUGGGUUAUCAGGUUUCCAGAUGUUCCAGUACGGUCUCUAUGCAUACGCCAAUGAUACUUUGAAUGAGCCAACAUGUUCAGGUUCAAAGGGGUUCUCAGCCUCUGAAGAAACUGGUGAUCUGGACUGGAAGCACACAAGUGCUGGUGACAGCUCUUAUAUGAGUGCAACAUUCAACCCAAAAAACGUGAAAAGUGGAUCGGGAGUUUCGUUCUUCCCAAGCAUUGAGUACUCAGGAAACUACUCCGUUUUGUUGUAUACUCCAGGAUGUUCUGCUGAUAACUCGUGUGAUCACAGAGGAAUUGUCAAUGCCACUUUCUAUGAAGGUGACGACACAAUGCUGGGAUCAUCCCUGGUCUACCAAACGAACAUGUAUGAGAAGUACGACCAAAUCUACCAAGGUCAUGUUGACGUGAAGAAGGGCUCUCCUUAUCUCACAAUGACUUUCGAAAAUGGCUUUUCGGACUCGAAAGUUGUUAUGGUGGCUGAUAAAGUUUACGUGGAUAUUCUUGGAAUUGAUGCCUACAAAAAUCGCACCAUGGAAAACGAGACAACUACCGAUUAUGAUAUUCCAAUCAGGAAUCUUUUUGAGUACUCUCUUUCCAAUUUUUCUGAUUACACGGAAAGCUUCGAGAACAAUGUUUUCGUGGGAAACUCUUCUUUGAAUCUCAUUGGAUCCCAGGUCUUGAAUGAAGAUGCUACUGUCAAUGCGCUUCUCUACACCAACGAUUCCUUGAUCAUCGCUGGUGAUUUUGAUUCUGAUUAUGGUGCGGAUGCCAUUCAAUUGACGUUGAACAGUUACAAUGCCUCAAGCAACUCGACCUCCAUCAAAACUGAGAGCUCUCUUUCUGCUGGUUUGACUGGAACGGUUAGUCAUGUGUUCAGUUAUGGUGAUACAGUCAUAUUGGUGGGAGAUGAAAAGUCGAAUUUCAGUCACAUCUCUAUCUACAACGGUUCGUGGCACUCUCUGGGAAGAGUACGUGGAGAAAUUGCUACGUUUGCUAAUUUGACCAUCGACAAUACAGAGCUUCUCGUUUUCAAUGGGGCUCAGUCGUCUGCUGUUGUUUGGGACUAUACGAACUCUCAAUGGUUCAACACCACUUCAACUUUACAUGUUAAUGCCUCACAAGCUUUUGUUGAAGAUAAUGCAACUGUUGCGUUUGGUUCAUUAGCCAUGAUGGACCAGUCUGUGGAAAAUGCUGUCACUGUGAAGAACUCUAGCUCGAAUAACAUAUUGCCUAUUGGUUUGACCUUCAAUGAAAAGCACGACAAUGUUCUCUCUUCAGGGUUCUAUGUCAACGACUCAUACAUUGUGAUAGGAGGACAUUUUGAGACUUUUGACUCUGCUUACAAUUUAGUGCUGUUAGACACAUCGACCAACCGAACCAGCUCUAUCGGUGGUGUUUCAUGGAACAACGAUGCAGAUGUCACGGACAUGUUAUCGUUUAAUGACGUUCUCUAUCUUGGUUUGUCAGGGAAAGUCACCGUUGGAUCUACCAAGACUAAAGGACUGAUAGCGUAUGAACUCAAAAACGACACCUUUUCCUCGAACCAACCUGCAUCUUUGAAUGGUGAUGUUACUUCGAUUGCUGCUGUUGAGAGCGAUGCCAAGUUACUGGUUGGUGGAAGUUUUAGUGGACCUGAUGGAACAUCCUGUACUGGAGUUUGUUUGCUUGACACUGAGAAGAACAAGUGGUCUUCAGCUUCCAAUCAGACUACCACUGGUGACAUCACUUUUAUUCAAGCAUAUUCCUCCAGCAAGUAUCUGCUUAGUGGCAGAAAUUUUGGCAUUGAUGGUACAAAGUCUGACUUCGUUAGUUACGACUAUGGCAGCAAAAGAUUCGCAAAGGAAGAUGGCCUUUCGAAAAACAAAAUCCCAGGAGUUGUUGAAAAGUUUAUCAUGGUGGAUAACAAGACGACUGGAAGAAUCGUCUCCAUUGGUACUGAUUUCAUUGCCUACUAUGAUGGCUCCAACUGGAAUAGACUAGAUGAUGAUCUCUCGAAUUCAACCUUCUCCGAUAUUGUUUUGCUUGAUCUGAAGAAGGACAAUGAUGCUAAUGACGAGAAAAUAUUUGAUAAAGAUCAAAUUCUGCUGGUAACGGGUCUCAUCACUGUUGAAGACGUUGGUUCUUUUACGGCAGCCUAUUACAAUGGAUCGUCUUGGAUUCCAUCUGUGAUUACCACAAACAAUCUUUCUGUCUCAAACACCACCAUAAGGUCUGUUUUAUUGAACAAAAGUACAGCCUCGUUCUAUGGUUCUGCUUCCAAGCCCAAACAGACUCACCACCAAUCGGCAAGCAAAAACUUUAUGCUGACCAGAAACGUGGUGGGCGUUGGCUUCGGACUCGCUCUUGGAACUACGCUAUUGCUCGGUAUUGCCGCAGCAGGUGUAAUAUUUGCUUCCAAAAAGAGAAACAAGUAUAAUUCAGGCCAACUUCUCCACUCCAGGGUGGGUGAAGAGAAGAUGAUCCACAUUGUUCCUCCGAACGAGGUUAUCGACAACUUUCAUGUGGCCAAACAGACUGCAUCUUGA